UGGGAUAUAGUCUUUUUUGCCCAGUCUCUGAUCUUCUAUAAGUCCUCCAGGUUCAGCACUCUAUCGUAUUCUUGCUGCCAAACUGUCCACCACUGGGCAGGCUAUUCCUCCGUCAAGUCACUCUAAUGGCUGAGCUUCCUGUUCAGUGCAAAAAAGAAAGCCAAACUCGAUCCACCCAAUUUCAGCCUCCGCUGGGUCUGCUUGUGUUCACAGUAAAAAAAGGAAAUAAGUGCUGGUCUUAAAUUUUCUCACCGAUCCUCUCUGGCACGCACACUGUCAGUACAAUUUUCUUUCUUAUUUCGAUGCCGGCUUGUCGGGCUCUCUCUCUGCCGGAAUACACAGGAAGCUUUCAAUCGCCGCUUUUCUCAUCUGUAAGGCUCUCCCGCCCGAUUUCGCCGACCCCUUUCCUGAUGUCCUCUCUCCUCAAUGCAGAAAAGGUGUGUAUCGAUCCACACUGCAGCAUCCGAUCUCCCUUGCUUCCAUCUGGUUGCUGGUUACCACAGCUUCGCGUCAGCCAUUAGUUUGGCCGACUCACGCGUGCUGGGUUAGACAGAGCCGCCCGGUCUUGCGAUCAGCGUUUUGCGCCCGCUUUCACGCUCACCCGGCUCGCUCUCUCGUCCGUGGGGCUCUCCGGGCUCCACGCCCCUCAGGGGGUCCCCAAAACACGGUGACUGAUGGUAUUGAGGAGCAGCAGUUACUCACUCAACGCCAUAUCGCCGCGGGUCACCAACCGGAAGUCGUUUCUUUUACUUUCUUAUCUCCUGGAUUAGAUAUAAGUAAUUGUUCUUUCUUUUUUAUUUCUUCCUCUAUCUCUUUACGCUUCUUCUGUUGUUUUAGUCUAUAUUUAUUAUUCAUAUGUAUUAAGAUACCCCUCAUAUAAGCCUUACUAGCAUCCCAAACCAUUUCCAUAGGAGUACUCUUAUUCAUGUUAAUAACAAAAAAUUCUCUCAUUUGUUUUUUAAGCUCCUUUACAUUUUCUUCAUAUCUAAAUAAGUUUUCAUUCAACCUCCAAGACCUCCUUUCUCCCCUCUCCUGUUCCAAUUCAAUCCAGACCGGACUAUGAUCAGUUAAAAUUCUUGGACAUAUCUUCGUCUUCUUCACCCUGGAAAUAAAAUCAUUUGUGAUUAGUAUAAAAUCAAUCCUGGAGAAGGAUUGAUGUCUAUCAGGAAAAAAAGUAAAAUCUUUUUCCUCCAGGUUACGUUCUCUCCAGAUAUCUCUCAACUCUGUAUCUUCCAUCAUAUCAAAAAAAGAUUUAGGUAGUUUUGCACGUGCUGAAGUCUUUGAUAAGCUUUUUUUAUCUUUCUGCGUAUCAAUUACUCCAUUCCAAUCACCCAUUAGUAUAAAAGAUUUAUAGUCCCACUGUAUUAUUUUAGUAUGUAAAAAUUUAUAAAACUUGUCUUGUUGCUGGUUAGGGGCAUAUAUUCCAAUAAGAAGCAUUUUUCCAGACUGUGUCAAUAAUUCAAUUGCAAUAUAUCUUCCUUGAUCAUCUGCCUCAAUUAGAUUAGCUGAUAGUCCUUUCCUUACAUAUAUGACUAGUCCGUUUUUCUUCUCUGGCGCUGAUGCCACAAAAUUUGUACCUAACCUUGAAUUUAUCAAAUAUUUUUGGUCUGAUAAUAUGUGUUUCUUGUAAGCAAAUAACAUCAUCGUUGAAUUGUUUCAAGUAGUGAAAUACUUUCUUUCUUUUUUGUGGUGAAUUUAAGCCAUUGACAUUCCAAGAUAGGAAUUUAGUUGCCAUCUUUGGCCCUUCGAAGCCUUGUGAGCAUCAGCUGAAGCUCCUCCUCCACCUUACUCUUCGGCCUAGCUCCCCCCACUGCUUCUGUUUUUUGGACUUCUUGAGGUGAAUCUUGAGUUUGUUGCCCUUUUGGUUGUUGUUGUUGCAAUUUAUAAGUUGAUCGGGUCAGUCGUUGUGCUUUCGGCUCUCCCUUCUUAGGUGGUUCCAAAGUUGGGGGUAAACCCCCAAGAUCCAAAUCUUCUUCCAUAAUAAUUCCUCCAGCUGCAGCUUCAGCGUAGGUUUGUAUCUGUUUUCCAUCUUUUUCUUGUUGUAACAUCUCCAUUUUCUUUCUUUCUUUCCCCCCCCACCCCCCGGUGAGGGUGGGUAUCCAGCCUGUAACACAUUUACAUAAAAAUCUUUUGACUUCCAAACUGUGUUUAACCGGUAUCUUUCUCCUUUAUAAGUCACUAUUAGACCAGUUGGAACGUCCCAUCUGUAUGCCACUUGUUGAUUUCUCAGCUCAUUUACCAGAAAGCCAAAGUCUUUCCUGCUUCUCAGCAUCUUUGGAGGAAUCUCUUUCAAAACCACCACCUCCUGCCCAGCCACCUGAACUUUAUUCUUGUAAGAAGCUUGUAGAAUUUCAUUUCUGAUCCUCCUAGUUGUGAAAUAAAUCACCACAUCUCGUGGCAGCUGUCUUUGUUUUGCCAACCAGGAAUUAACCCUGUAAAUUUUAUCAAUUUGAAUUGCCACAUCUUCUGGUCUUUCUUUAAUUAUCUCCGCCAUAGCAUCAGCACAAAUGUCUUUUAAAUUUUCUUUACUAUUUUCCUUCAGGCCUCUCAAUCUCAAAGCAAACUCCAUAGAUCAGUAUUGUAACAUUACCAAUUCAUCAUCCACUUUCUCUGUUCUAGUCAUGACAUCACCCAUUUUGCUUUCCAAAUUUAAGUUGGCUUCAUUAAUUUCUUCAACUUUCCCAUCAAGCUGAAUAACAAAAUUUGAGAGUCCUGAUACAGCAAAAACAAUAUCCUCUCUUAUUUUAUCGUGUUCAUCUGCAACUGCUCCCUUGAUCGAACUUAUGUCUUCCUCAAUUUUCUUAAAUUUCCCUUCAACAAGUAAUGUUAAAUUGUUCAUUGCUUCUCUCAUUGCUGUUGCUUGAUUGUUCAUGGCUUCUUUCAUUUCUUCCUUAAAAUCAUUAAGUGCUGCAUCUUGACUCUGGGUCUGGCUCUGUGUAUCAGCCGGAAGUUGUGCUUUCUGUGUCACCACUGACACAACUGGAGAGCCUCCCCCUCCUUUAACAACUCCUGGUUUCACUUGUCUAGAAGCCAUUUUUUUCCUUCCCCCUCCUCUUUUCUUUAAAAGGAACAAAGUCUUUGAAGAUGUUAAUUUAUAGUCUCUAAAUUGCCAGACAAAGUAGUUUUUUUCCCCUUUAUUCUCUUCCCUCCACACUCUCAGUUCCCAGCAGUUAAUAGGCAGCUAAUCCACUCUCCCAGCGCAAAGUUCUCAAGCACUUUCGUUUCAGGCUUUCACUUUCAAAGCCCUGACAAAGACGCAAUCUUCCGCCUCUAGCUCAAGAUUCAAAUUGAAACAAAGUAACUUUGGAGUUAAGCUCUGUAUUUUUAAGGCUUGUUCUCUUGUUUUCCACUCUGCCUGCGCUUGGGAUCAAUCAAACUCACUUUUUAAAAGCAGGAUCGGAUCGCGGCUUCUCGCCCUGCUUUUGCAGGGUCGUCCUGGCUCCGGAGCUUCUUGGCAGGCUGACUGAGGAGCUCUCACCCUCUAAGCCUCUGGAAAUGAUCCAGAGGACUUUCGGGGGGCUCUACUCCCGCCCACCGGCUCUCCUCUCCUUCUUUUCCCGAAGGAGAGUUUUUCAGCCGCUAGACAGCCGAUUUGCACUGUCAAAGCGGCUUUUAUGGAGACGCAGGGCUGGCAGUCAUAAAUGACCGUCCACGGAGCCUGCGGUGCCAACCGAAAGUCUAUUUUCUUGUUUAAAUAUAUAUAUAAUUAAAUCAUACACACGUGUGUGUGUGUGUGUGUGAUUUAGUGCUAAGACUUGAUUUCAUAGCACAAAAAGAUUUAAAAACCUCAUAAAAAAGAGGAAGAAAUAAAUAUCCAUUAAAUUCUUUUUCCAAACGUAUUCAAUCAAUAAGGUAAUUAUGUAAAAAGAAGAAGAGAAAAUGCAUGAAACUAUGUAGCUGUUAGUGCAGCUGAAGUCCUUUGUCCUUUUUAAGUCUUCAUAUCUGGCACAAACCAAGGUCCCCGUCAGCGCCCCUUCUAGAAAGAAAGGAGGCUGUCCUGUGCAGAACUGAGGCCGGUGCCUUCUGACAAUCAAGAGUCCUCACCCUCCCCGCCCAUCUGGUUGUGAGCAUUGCGCCAGCCGGGCAACUCGACUGGCCAGGCAGCUUCAGGACUCCAAAGAGGCCGCCUCCAAACCCCUGGAGUCCCACGGAGCGUGUGUGUCCGAGACCAGCCUUGCGGGGGCUGCUGCUUGCCCUCCCUGGCUGUGGGGCCUAGCACUCCCUGACUGUGCCCCCUGCUUGGGAUAGCCCCAGCCGUGCCAGAUGGGUUGCCCUUCACUCCCUGGAGCUUGCUGCUGGCACCCAGCUCGGCCUCCAGGAUCUCGAGCACCCCUCCUCAAAGGAGCCCGCUGGUGGGGCACGAAAUAAAGCCAGGUCAUGGCACAUGCUUGAAAGUAAAUCAAGAAGCCUGUAAUUGUGGAAGAACAAAGAAUGCUUAUUUACAGGAAAUAUGCACGUGUAAAUCUUGUAACAAUUCUGGGUAGUUAGAAAGCUGAUAAAAGUAACAAGAGUUAGACAACUCAGCUAAAAGGUAGGAAUAGUGAUGGCCUGCAGCAAAUAAAAUGUGUAUUAGAUAACUCCUGGGGCAUUCAUUAGCCAAGGCUUAGGAAUAGGGACAGCUAGAGACCAAUAGAACAAAUUGUAGAAUUAUUACUAAAAUGUUUAUUAGAUGAUAUUUUGUAUUAUCCCGCCUUCUUUAGUGAAAAUGUAUAACGCUUUCUUAAUCCUUUGUUCUUGGCUCUCUUGGCAUUUUGGUCAGGAACCCUUUUCUUUGGGGUAUCCCAAUAAAAAGCAAUCAAAAUCUGCACCUUGUGUCUGGCGUCCUUCAUUGGCUUUGGCACCAGGCUCAAACACGAAUCGGAGACAACAGCCACAACGCCCACUCCGCCAUCGCCUCCUGAGUCUGUUGGAGGGCAGGAGGGCGCUCCCACAAGGCUUGAUGACCUUGGUUCUGUGGCAUGGAUAGUCUGGUGCUGGGAAGCAUCGGGGCGGCCAAAGGAGAAGCCAGAGACUGCUGCAGUCACCUCCAGCAGAGCCACAGGCGAGAGCCGGAGGAAAGAGCGGGGCUUCCCUGGCUGCGGGACAGCCCUCCCCUCUGCCGCCCACCUGAAGCGGAGGCCGAUCUCCUCCGCUGUGAACGCACCAAGAUUGCCUAGUGCCCACAAGUUCUGGAGGCAAGUCGUUCCACUGGUUAAUUGUUCUCACUGUCAGGACAUUUCUCCUUAGUUCUAGGUUGCUUCUCUUCUUGAUCAGUUAAUGCCACGGUGUCGAAAGACAGACGCUGGGUGCUCAUCUCCUACCUGAAAGUUUCUGGGAUACCUCUUAAUGUUUUCUUUCCCAAGUACAGGAAGUCCUUGGUUUUUGGCCCAUCUGUCUCUUUCACUGGGCAAAUCAUGGCUUUUUCCAGAAUUAGCUGGGCAUCUGAUUCUCUCUCAGUAGAAAUAUUGCUGUUUCCUCACUAGGUGGGGAGCCUAAAGUUUUUUUCUGAAAUCUCGGUCUCAGAUACCACCACCCAGAUUCCCUUUACAAUCAAGCUGGACUUGAGGUCAGCUUGGACAUGCCCAGCUAUGUCAGUGAUCUACAGAUCCAGAGAUCUAGCCCAAUUGCUCCUCGAGUACCCAAGAUGGAAAUUUGGCAAGACCAAAGUGAGGACUUCAGGGAUGUUCAAAUCCUUUCCAAAGAGACUCUGCCUCUCCCAGCCUUUUAAACUUUUCCAGAGGCUCCAUCAGUAGGGUGGGCUUGUCAUUAGCCUCUUCGAGGAAUGUGAACGGCCCACACAUCACCAUUGUUUAAUACCAAAAGGUGAUAAAUUUAUCUAUGGAGAUUCUCAUUCAUCCGGUCAUGGUUGUCCCAAAGGUGCUUUUUCAACUGGACUUUCUGGUCUUUCUUUGAAGACGUUUCACUUCUCAUUCAAGAAGCUUCUUCAACUGUCCCUGUGUCUAAUUGUUUUGGGAUGCACUGCCUUAUAGCGGCGUCCUGAGGGGAGAAGUUGAAACAGUUUUAUGUUCAGGAUGUGUAGGUCUUAGCCCUCCUUCUGACCUGUGCAAUAUAUAGGUCUUCGGUGGAAGGUAGGCUGGUUGCCAUGGUGGCGCAGGGGUUGGAAUGCAGUAUUGCAAGCUGACUCUGCUCACUGCCAGCAGUUUGAUUCUUGCUGGCUCGAGGUUGACUCAGCCUUCCAUCCUUCCGAGAUUGGUAAAAUGAGGACCCAGAGUGUCGGAGGCAACAUACUGACUCUGUAAAACCACUUAGAGAGGGCUAUAAAUCAGUAUAUAAAUCUUAAGUGCUGUUGCUAUUGUUCUUUUCACAGUCUUGACUAUCUGUUGGAGUCUGUAUUUGUUCUAUUUGGUUGUUGUACCAAAUGAGACAGUUAGACAUUUAUUUAAAAGCCAAAGUGUACACAUCCAGCCCACCUUUCUCUUCUCCACUGUUGUUUCUUUGUCUUAAUCUCUUUCUUAUAUAUUUUGAUCCCUUUGGUUUGUUGUAAAGCAUCUCUUUGCAACAUGUACUUUUAAAUUGCUUUAGAAGGGAAUUCAGUGGAGAUAAACAGCUAGCUCAAACUGGCAGAUUGAGGGUCAAGCAAGAUAUACCAUUUUACACUGAGACUACAUUGGAUUAGUUUAUUUUGUUUGUAUAUAAAUGUCUGUGUUAAUCUGAAAGAAAGAUGAAAACUGUUCACUGAGAUUGGUCAUUGGAAUUCUGUGGUUUGUCAGUUGAGGAGUGACAGUUGGAAUGCUCAGCGACUGUUGAAAACAGACGUUUUGGAGAAGAAUAGAAGAGAUGCUGGUCAUUUGGCAUUGGAGACUGUGAGAGACAGCUGCAACUAUCUGUCCGUGAUCACCAAUUGAGGAGAUAUCACUUUUUAUUUCAAAUAUAAUUCCAGUGCUAUUGGCAAACUUACAGUCACCAACAUAGUUCAUAGUCUAAGAUAUUUGCAAAUGAGGAGUAAUGAAGACCUUCUGGAUCCAAGUUCGAAGUUCAUUUACAUGUCCAAUAAAUCACUUAAUGGGCAAGUACCAAGUGAAACAGAAUCCAUGAUUACAAAAUGGUCAGUCUGGAUUAAUAGGGCCCAGUUUGGUGGUUAUUUGCUUAGUAUUUUAGGAUGGAUCCUGUGUAUUACCUCAACAGCCACCGAUCACUGGAGAUUAUGGCAUGUUAAAAGUAAGGACAACUUGUAUCCUGGCUUGUUAUGGAUCGGAAUCUGGAGAGCCUGUUAUCUGCACAGCACUCAUCCAGAAAACAGAUACAUCCACUGUGAGGAAUUCACUGAAGACCUGAAGAUGCUGCCCACCGAAAUUUUUCUGGCUCAAGAUCUGUUGAGUUUGUGUUGCAUUGUGGGAGCCGUGGGGAUAACUUUCAUGAGCUUUGCCUUGUGGAAUGUUGUCAGAGCCAUAACACACAAAACUUUUUUGCUCACUCUUUUUAACGUUGGAGGCCUUAUGAACUUCCUAACAGGAAUCAUAAUCUUAAUUCCUAUUUCCUGGAACAGUUAUUCCAUCUUGAUAAAUGCAGACAUUAUGUUUCCUGAGGAUUUCCAUAUGCCUACUUCUCCACUGUACCAGGAGAUUGGAGCUGCUAUUUAUAUUGGCUAUAUUGCUGCAGUUUUAUUAUUGGUGAGUGGUGUUAUGAUCAUGUGUAAUAAACGUGUUUUUCAAAACCGUCAAGGAAGUCAUAUUUUAUUCCCAGCAGCAACUGACAUUUCUAGAAAUACUGGUUCUUCUGGGACAAUCGAUCAACGACAAAAAGAGGAGCCUGAGCCCCGGGAUGAUGUGGUAACAUCUGUGCAUCGCACAGAUAUAAAGAAAGAGUCUGUACAAUCAGUGCAACAGCAACUGCUUGAGGAUGCUAAGGAGGUCCCCAUUGUAUUAGUUACUCCAUAUGUGGUCGAAUCCCAGGUUGAAGGGGAGGAGGAGGCAGUUAAGAGGUUGGACAGCAGGGAAUCACGUCCAAGGAGGAAGCAUCACCGACCAGAAUAGGAAAGCCUUUUCUGCUGGUGCCCAAGAUCUAUCUAUCUAUCUAUCUAUCUAUCUAUCUAUCUAUCUAUCUAUCUAUCUAUCUAUCUAUCUAUCUAUCUAUCUAUCUAUCUGAUAUCUAUCAUCUCUCUCUCUCUCUCUCUCUUCCGGUAUUCCCCCCCACUUUCUAUAUUUCUCUCUCUCCCUCUCUCAUCUAUCUAAAGUAACUGCUUUGGCUUAUUCCCAGACUUGAUUUGGUUCCUUGCACCUGAUGCCAUGCCAAGAACAUUACCAUUACAAGGGUCGAGGUCUUGAGCUGCUCAAACAGAUGAAGCCCCCUCCCUAUCUUUCUUUCUGACUCACAGCCUCAGAGCCCUGCUGUUCAACUCAUCCCAUCUGUCUAUCUCACCCCAAAUACACCAAAUGAGAAAAAAUGCCAUUGAACAAUAUUGUAUAGUAAACAAUAUUUUUAAACAAUUGUAAUAUAUUCUAAACAAUAUAUUUAAAUUUUCUUUAAAUGGUAUAUUAUUGUUAUGAUGCUAUAUAUUGUAGAACAUUGGUUUUUAUAUUCUAUUGACAAAUACUACUGAAUUUAUUUUGGACAUUUUCUAUUUUAUUAUUGUUUAUUUACUGUAUUGUAUUUUGGUUCCACUUUUCAUUGUACAGUUACAAAAUAAUUCAUUUCCUACUGAAAAUAAAUAUUAUUAAUAGUA